GAAACUCAUUUUGGGAAGAUGGGAAGUUACUACAUUAAUCGGACCUUCUUCUUUGAUGUCCACCCCCCUUUGGGGAAGAUGCUGAUUGGACUUGCUGGCUACCUGAGUGGAUAUGAUGGUACAUUUCCUUUCCAAAAGCCAGGGGACCGAUAUGAGCAGCACAACUACAUGGGAAUGAGAGGGUUUUGUGCAUUCCUUGGCUCCUGCUUGGUUCCCUUUGCCUACCUCACAGUGUUGGAACUGUCAAAGUCACUGCCAGCAGCCUUACUUACAGCUUUCAUCCUGAUUUUUGAUACAGGCUGUAUUACUUUGUCCCAAUAUAUUCUGCUGGAUCCCAUUCUGAUGUUCUUCCUCAUGGGAGCGGUUCUGAGUAUGGUGAAAUGUAACAGCUGUGCAGAUAGGCCAUUUUCUGCCUCCUGGUGGUUCUGGCUGAGUCUGACUGGUGUGAACCUUGCUGGAGCAAUGGGGGUAAAGUUUGUUGGCCUCUUUGUAGUCCUCUUGGUUGGCCUGAACACAAUCUAUGACCUAUGGGACUUGCUGGGGAACCUCAGCCUGUCGCUGGUCAUGUUUGGGAAGCAUUUACUGGCUCGUGUGCUCUGCCUCAUCGUGCUCCCACUCACUCUCUACACGGCUAUGUUUGCUGUUCAUUUUACGGUAUUAAAUAAAAGUGGUCCUGGGGAUGGUUUCUUCAGUUCAGCAUUUCAGUCCCAGCUGAUCGGAAACAAUCUUCAUAAUGUCUCCAUUCCAGAGCACUUAGCAUAUGGAUCUGUGGUCACAAUGAAGAACCUUCGGAUGGCAGGGGGAUACCUUCACUCCCACUGGCACCUGUACCCAGAGGGCAUUGGGGCUCGACAGCAGCAGGUCACUGCCUACUUACAUAAAGAUUUGAAUAACCUGUGGAUUAUAAAGAAACAUGAUUCGGAUACAGAUCUGUCAGAUCCCUCCAGCCCUGUGGAGUUCGUGAGGCACGGAGACAUUAUUCGUUUGGAACAUAAAGA